AUGAAUCAAUAUGUUAAUAAUGAAGAAUCAAGUAAGCCUUAUCGUCGUUGGUUUGGUUUAAAUUGGCCUCAAUCUAUUUCACAAAAUCAAGAAGAAGAAGAAAACAAUCAGGAUGAUGAUGGUGACACAAUUAUAAAUAAUGAGUCAAUGAAUAAUAACAACGAGAGUUGGUAUCAAAGGUUAUAUCAUUCAAUAUUUUGGUAUUCAAAUACACAAAGGAUACAUCCAAUAAAGAUAGAUGAAAAUACAAGAUAUUCACAGCUAGAUUUAGAACAAAUUAAUUACUUAGAAAAUGAGGCUUUAUCUGUAAUUAAUAACUACAGCAACUCAUGGUGUUGGUUUGAAGAUUUAACUGAUAUAGAAUAUACUGAAGAUACAUUUACAUGUAGUGGUAAUGCUGAUCUUGGGAGCACUAAUAAACAAGGGCCUGGUGUAGUUAGUGUCUUUGGGACCAAAUGUGGGAAAUGUCCAUUACCUUUAGACAAAUCACCUAUUGAUACAUGUUUAGGUGAUCAAGCUUAUGUUAAAAAUUCAAUUUUAUUACCAUCCUUGACACCAAGAGAUUAUUUACAUAAUCUACCUUUAAGGACAAAGAUAGCUAAUGCAAUUAAGGAACACUAUAAUUACCCUAAUGAAAAACAUCUUUAUUUAAAGAAGGAUCCAUUUAAUGACCAAAAGUAUAAUCAGGAUACAAAUGCCAAAAAUGAAAUUGAAAAUGAAAAGGCUCAUAAGAGGCAUAUAAUAUUUACUGUAGUUGGUUGGUUACCAGAUAAAUAUGAGAAAUUAUCAAUUGGUGAACAAAGAACUGCACAAUAUUUAUCUCGAAAAGUUGCACAAGCAAUAAGAGAAAGAAACAAAUCCUUAAAAAAUCUGUAUAAGACAGAUAAUAACAAAAGUGAAGAUAAUGAAGAGAUGGAGAAUAAUCAUGAAAUUUUAUCGUUAUCGCUUGAAUGUCCUCUUCACACAAAGGAUAUGAAUACGGUAUUAAAAGAAUGUUUAUCAUUACUAAAACAUUGGGAAACUAUUUUUUUCAAUGCAGACUCAAUAUAUUUUAUUGGUGUAUAUCAUAGUGUUCCAUUAUUAAUCGAACUGUGCUAUACAGUUUUAUCACAGAAUCAAAGGUAUGGGAUCAACUUAAAUACUACACGUAUAGGGAUGUUAACCUUAAAUUCAUGUUUAGGAGGUUAUAGAUUUUGGGAUCAUAGUGUUGAUCGUUCUAUUUACAAAGAGGAGAAUAUUUCAAACGAUAACAACAACAAUAAUAACAAUAAUAAUGAUAACAAUAAUAAUAAUAUCGAAGGUACGGAAUACUUAUCUGAUAAAGUAGUGUCACAAAAGAACAGUAACAAGAAAUACACUACAAUGCAGCUUCCUGAAAUAAAUCAAGAAUACUUAAAAUUAGAACAAUCUAAAGAGAAGCAACUAUUCUCUGGAUUAAAUAACAAUGAAAUCGAAUUAUUAUCGAGAAUUAAAAAAUAUUAUGAUCCAAAUUCAGAUGAAUCUAAACAUAUACAGAAACGAUUAGAUUGGUUAUUGUACAAUUGCGACACGUUUAGAUUAAAUUUGAUAGCUACAUUAUACGACAAUUUUAUGACAAUAACACAAAAACUGGCAAUCAAUUAUAAUCAUCCAAAGAUUAUUAGAAAUAUUUGGUGUGAUGGUAAAUAUCUUGAUAUUGAUUUACAGAGACCCGAAAAUUUUGAUAUACCAAAUUUUGAAAUCAAAACCCCAGAUAUCAAAUUUACUUUGUCAACACCGACAGAUAGAAAAUUCGAAAUCAUUUUAUUGAAUAAUUUGAUUUUAACACAGAAUUUGGGGUAUGAUAAGUUCAUUACGAUUUUACGAUUGAUUAGUCCACAUUUUAUAUCAAGAUCGUUUAAUGAGAAUACUAUUCCAUCCACAGUAAGAAAGCAAAGAAAUAAUCAGACAAAACAAUGGCUUCAAGAGCUAGAACAAAAAUGGAAUGGUAUCAAUUCAAAUAUUAAUAAUACAAAGAGUAAUAAUACUAACAAUACUACUAUAAAUGGAAAUAAUGAUAUUGAUACUGAAGCAAUGUAUGGCAGUACUUUACCUCAGGAUGUUCAUAAUGUACAUGAUUUCCUGAAAUACAUUUAUUAUCAGAAUAUUAAAAAUCCAGAAUUGUUUCAAAUAUAUGGGCAAAUAUACGAUGACGAUUUGAUCUAUAGGAAUUUCAUAGAAAUAAUUAAUUUGACAAGAAAUCCUACACACAAAAAACAUUUAAAGAUAAUUAAACUCAGCAAUGAAAAUAAUGAUAUAAAUUUAGAUUCCCACAUGGGAUUGUAUAAUAGCAUAUUAGACACACAAAAUCAAUAUGAUUUAGUUUGGAAGUUCCACGAAAUGUUAUGUAAUUUUCUUAAAUUAAAGAAUUUACCUAUUCAAGAUCCCAGUAUGGAUUUAAAGAUAUCUAUCAAACUAGGUACCCAAACAGAGAAUGACAAUAGUAUUAUUGUUACAAGCCCAACUUAUGAUAAUGAUUCAACUAGGGUUAGUUUCAAAAGAAAUUAUGAGGAGUCCAAGAGACGUAUAACACAGAUCUGGAGAAGCUACCAGACAUGGGAUCCAAAGACUCGUGGAUUAGUUAAUCUGAAACGGAUUCUAAGUGUAUUGACUUCCUUCUCUCAGGUUGAAGAUUUGUUGAAAGACAUCGAAGAAUGA